AUGCCCUUCUUCAGCCGCAGAGAGCCCUCCCCCGAACCCGUCUACCACCCCGAACCCGCCGCCGAGCCCCCGUCCCGCAAGCACAGCCUCUUCCACCGCAACCGGGACCGCGACGUCUCCCCCCUGUCGUCCCAGCGCGCCGGCUCCGUGGCCAGCUCCUCGGGCGGCAACCCGGGCGCCGUCAACAAGCGGGACUCGGGCGGCCUGUUCCGGCACAGCACCGACAGCUCCGGGGGCAGCAGCAGCGGACGCCGGCGCGGGCUGUUUGGCGGCGGACACCGGGACAGCGCCGGCUUUGGCGGCAUCGGCAGCGGGGCGCUGGACCCGAGCAUCGUGCAGGCGAGGGAGCAUGUGAUGCAGGCGGAGGCGGCCGAGGUCGAGGCCGAUCGGGCGCUGGGCGAGGCGCGGAUGAGGGUGAGGGCCGCCAAGGACCACGUUUGGAGGCUCGAGCAGGAGGCCAAGGAGGAGGCGAGGCGGGCCAAGCUGAAGCAGGAGCAGGCUCGGGAGGUGUCGAAGCGUGGAAAGGGACUUGGACGUGAGUAUUCCUGA